CAACGGUCCCCUUCCUUCCAUCGCUUUCUCCCGACGGUACUUAUUGUCUUGUCGCCUCAGACUGCAGGCUCUUGCCUACCCUCUUUUUCUUUGUCUACGGUUGGGUUUUGUGCUUUUUGUUGAGUGGGAGUGAUUUGUUAGCCUUUACGCUCAUUCUUUUUCACUUUUCUCCAUCGGCUAGUCCAUCGCCUUCUGCUAGUGGAUGAGCGCCCUUCCACUUCCGCAACUUUCUAACCCACUCUCAAGGACCCUGGAGACGAUGUCCGCUUCUUCAGCCCCUGCACCUGCGCCCGUGGCUGACGGGAAUACCCCGCGCCCGAGAUCCUCGAGACGCGGAGGCAGAGGCCGUGGUGCUCGCGGUUCGAAUCGACAGACUACCCAGGCCCAGGCUCAGACACAGGCACAGACACCGACACCUACGGAGGCACAACCACAAGCUCCAACCCAGCCCCCUACGGACCCCGCGACAUCACAGACACCCGGAAACGCACCACGUCCUCCGCGAGGACCGAGAGGAGGCAAGAGAGGAGGAAGAGGGGCAGGCGCACAAUCGAGCGGCAGUCGACGGCAGGGCCGAGCACGCGGUGGCGACCAGGCCACACUUCCCGCUGGACGGAAAUUCGGAGGUCGGUUAACGAGACCCGAGCAGUCUUCGCAGGAGGAACAGACGAUACCGGAUGGUGCAGAUGGGGAUGAGGCAGGGUUACGGGCGGAUGCCCCAGUGUUCGUGCCUGGCGGGCCAGCGCAGCAGCCCGGGGAAGAAGUUCCCAAGGGCGCGUCUGGUGCUGGCUCUGGGAAAGGGAAAUCGAAGGCGAAGAAUCCUCAACCUCGACCCCCGCCGCAGCCGAAAGUGACGACGAAAUCGACAGCACCUGAUAUUGCCACCCGGAUUCACGAAGAUAUUGCGCAUAACCUUUACGAGUGUCCGAUUUGCACGAGCGAGCUUCGGAAGAGAUCGCGUGUGUGGUCUUGUGGACUUUGUUGGACGGUCUUCCAUCUGAGCUGUGUUAAGAAGUGGUCGAGGAAUGAGGGGGCGGCGGCUCAGGAUGCUGCGCGUCGACAGGAGGAGGGCGAGAGCAGUGCGCCUCGCGCCUGGCGCUGUCCGGGUUGCAAUCUGCCUCAGGAAGUGUUUCCGUCGUCUUAUACUUGCUGGUGUGAGAAGGAGGUGGAUCCGAGGUCGUUCCCUGGUCUUCCGCCUCAUUCUUGUGGACAGACUUGCUCGCGGACGCGCAAAGGGUGUCCACACCCGUGUGAUGCCACUUGUCAUGCCGGGCCUUGUGCGCCCUGUACGGCUAUGGGUCCGACGCAGGAUUGCUUCUGUGGCCAGAAUUCGUCGACCAAGCGCUGUCAGGACACGGAUUACGACAAUGGGUGGAGCUGUGGGGAGAUCUGCGGUGACCUCUUGCCUUGCGGAGAGCAUACUUGUCCCCGGCCAUGCCAUGAAGGUCUCUGCGGAUCGUGCGAGGUCAGGAUUGAUGCGCGUUGCUACUGUGGAAAGGUGGAGUCGGAGAUGUUGUGUAGCUCAAAGGACGAAGAGUUGGAUAGCGAGAUGGCGCAUGACGGCGAGGAGGGUGAAGUCGAGGAGUGGAUUGGGUGCUUCAGCUGUGGAGAUCAGUGCAAUCGCCCGUUCGACUGUGGAGUUCACUCCUGCCAAAAGGGCUGUCAUCCCCAAGAUGCAUAUCCUGCCCAUUGCCCGCGAUCUCCAGAUGUGGUGCUUGAUUGCCCCUGCGGAAAGACGCCGUUGGUCAAGAUUCCUGGAUAUUCGGCUCGGACUUCUUGCGAGGACCCAAUCCCGAAUUGUUCCAAACCCUGUGGAAAGUCGCUGAAGUGCGGACAUCCGUGCCAAAAGAUCUGCCAUACUGGACCCUGCGGUCCUUGUUUGCAAAACGUUCCCAUUGAAUGCCGCUGCGGACGCAAUACGUUCAUGACAAUUUGCCCCCAGGGGGAUAUGGAGCCGCCCCAGUGUUUCCGCAUCUGCAAAGCCGGCCUACACUGUGGUCGUCAUGCAUGCACUGAGCGAUGCUGCCCCGGCGAACAAAAGGCAGUUGAGCGUCAAGCUAUACGCCGAAAGCUCAAAUCUCAUCUUCGCCCCAGCGAUGAAGACUUUGAGGCCGAACAUAUCUGUACCCGGAUCUGUGGUCGUAUGCUGAAAUGCGGACGGCACACAUGCCCGGAGAUUUGUCACAAAGGGCCCUGCAACACCUGCAGAGAGGCUAUCUUCGAGGAGAUCCCGUGUAACUGCGGUCGAUCUAUCUUGCAUCCGCCUCUGCCCUGCGGCACUCAACCCCCGGCAUGCUCGUUUCCAUGCGAGCGCCCCAAGCCAUGCGGCCAUCCUCAAACGCCCCAUAAUUGCCAUACAGACGACGAAAACUGCCCCAAGUGCCCGUACCUCACGGAGAAGACGUGCCAGUGUGGCAAGCGGGUUUUGAAGAACCAGCCCUGCUGGCUAGUAGAUGCUCGAUGUGGCCAGGUGUGCGGCCAGCUACUCAAAUGUGGCUCCCACACCUGCCAGAAGGACUGCCAUCGCCCCGGCGAUUGCGAGGAUGCCUCGAAGCCCUGUCAGCAGGCCUGUGGAAAGACCAAGACUAUUUGCGGUCACCCAUGCACCGAUCCAUGCCAUGCGCCGUAUCCAUGCCCUGAGAAGACGCCCUGCACCUCCAUGAUUACAGUAACAUGUGGCUGUGGACGGCUCCGCCAGGAGCGCCGCUGCAACGCAGCCAAGGCGGUUGUCUCCAAGGGCCAACUGCAGCAGGCGCAGCGUGGUCCAGCCGCCACGCCGCUGACCUGCAAUGACGAGUGCGCCCGUCUCGAACGGAACCGUUCGCUGGCGUCGGCCCUAGGCGUCGACAUUAACCCGUCGACGACCGUCUCGCAGACCCUCACCUCUACGAAUCUCCCAUACUCGGCCGAAACUCUUGAUAUUUACAUUCAACUCUCCUCCUCUUUCCCAUUGUCGACUCUUCAGACUUACGAAUCCACCUUGCACUCUCUCGCCGCCAGCGCAACCGAGCGCUCCACGCGCUUCCAGCCGGCCAAGUCCUCCCUUCGUGCCUUUGCCCACAGCCUCGCUGCAGACUGGGGCUUUUCUACUGAGAGCUUCGAUCCUGAACCUCACCGCCACGUCUUCGUUCUGAAGCCCACUCUUUGGACGCCGCCCCUAUUCGGUAUGGGCAAUGGCACGGCCAUUGGCAUCGGUGGCAUGAGCGUCGGCGACUGCGUCAAGCUUCGUGAUCGCCAGCGCAAUAAAGAACAAGAAGCUCAACGGCUAGCGGCCGCGGAAGCCAAAGCCCAACGUGAGGCCGCGCGCGCGAACAACAACGGCUCUGGCGAUGGCGGCUGGGCUCAGGUCGCCGCGUCGAAGCGGAGUAACCCUUCCUUGAGUGCCACGAGAAAUAGCACACCAUCCAUUACCCGGUCUAAUACCCCUGCUACAACACCAUGGUCAUCAUCCAUGUACGCUGCCCUCGCUAACGACGACGGCAACGCGUCUGUAUCUGCUUCGCAGCCGAAGAAGGAGAAACUUGUCCUCCGGUCGGGCGUGAAGCAGCUGCGUAGUCAGGGGUCUUCUUCAUCUUCUCCUGCAGUGGAGGGUGAGGGUGGUUCUGUAGAUGCGGGGGAUGUUUAAUUUGCGGAAUUGGAGUCGAUGAUAUAUGAUUUGCAGCAUGCAUGUCCCUUUUGACCUAUCUAUGCUUCCUCACACUGCUGAUUUUAUUCUUCCUGGUCUUACUACACUUAUUUCUACCCCUACCACCGUUCCCAUUGCUGCUUAAGUUAGCGUGCAUCCCUGGCUGGCUGGCUUUCUGUAUUGGGCCCUGUGUUUAUAGAGAAAAAGUUAAUGGUGUAAUUGAUUGACGAAUAUGAUUGAUGAGUGCAG